AUGGCGUCCUGUUCGAUACCUUUAGAUGAAUUGGAUGACGAAUUUCUUCGGUGUCCGACGUGUCGAGAGAGAUUUUCGUCCCCGAAGUUGUUGACGUGCCAGCACGUCUUCUGCGUUCAAUGUUUAGAACAAUGGAUUUCGAAAAAGUCGGGAAAACUGCAUUGUCCUAUUUGCAGGACAGAACACAAACUGUCAAGCGAGGGUGUUGAUGGGCUACCCGAUAGCUUACUGACAAACAACCUGCUGGAAUUAGUCUGUGCUCACCAAGAAAUCCAAGAGAACUGCGUUUCAACGGAUGAACCGUUUGACGUGCAUGAGCAAUCGGAAACCUCACUACUUUCGCCAUUUUGCCCUGAUCACCCAGAUAAUGACCUUGACAUACUGUGUGAGACGUGUUCCAGACCGAUCUGCCAGCAGUGCGCAAAGACUACUGAUCACAAUGAACAUGACCUUCUUAAUCUAGCAGACGCCUGUCGAGAGCGGCGUAAGCAUCUACAAAAUGUUCGAGACAAACUUGACGCUAAUGUUUGGCGUGUUCAACAGAAGGUUUCAACUCUCGGAGUAAUGGUCGAACAGCUUGAUAAAGAUAACGAUAUAGCAGAGAGCCAGAUAAAAGGACACUGUGAUCUUUCAAUUGACAUGAUUGCAAAGUACGAAGCCAAACUGUUGGAUGAACUCGAAGACAAGUUUCAAAGACAGCUAAAUGGACUUCGGGAAGAGGAGAAACAAGCAGAGUUGCCCGGUUGGAUGGCAUGGUCCGAGUUUGUUGAUGGUACUAUAAGCUGUUCGAAUGAUUUAGAUUUUCUAAGGCGGGAAAAAACAAUUCGUCAGAAUUUUGAUCGUUUAGAGAUGAAAAUGAACCAUGAUAUCCCGACGUCGGAACUCUCGUAUUCCCUGAAAUUCCACAGCAACGAUGAUUUUUUAAACAAAUUCGAUGCCUCAAAUUUAGGUACAAUUUGUUUGGAGAAAAUACAUGAAGUUGUCGUGCCAGUUACGCAUGGAGAAAGCACCAGAACUACGGUAUGUACCCCCAAUUUUCGUGUUUUCCUUACUAUUGAUAAAUUCUGGUGCUCUUACAAUUGGACAACUAGAAGUCUGGAAUAUCCGCACGCUCUUGCGAUAUCACCUAAUGGCACAAUGUUUGUGGUUGAUAGUAAGGAACACAUUAACGUGUUUAGCGCCAAGGGUGAGUUUAUCCGCCACUUUCGGCCAAGCUUCACGUCCAACAAGCCCUGGCCCGUGAACACAUUCGACAUUACUGUAGUAAAUGAAGACGAGUUGGCCAUAACUGAUUUGACAAGUAAACGGGUCUUCAUCUGCUCCUUGGAGGGACGAAUUAAGAGGCGGUGCGGAGGGUCACCGCUGCGUAGUCCGGUCGGCAUUGCCUAUGGAAAAGAUGGUAAAAUUUACGUCGUCGAUAACAAAGCCUGCCGAGUUGUCGUAUUUGCUCUAAGUGGAAAAUGCCUGUACUACAUUGGACACCACGACAGCGGGCCUGGAAGAUUGAAGAAUCCACAAUACGUGGCCGUUAACAGUUGGAAUCACGUGAUUGUGACUGACACAAAUGACACUUCUAAGAAUAGAAUCUGUGUAUUUGAUUCCAGAGGCGAAUUCAUCUACGAAUUCGGGCAAAGCAGCAUGGAUGACGGGCACAUUCUUGCCCCACGUGGAAUAACCUGCGACCAGCAAAACAAUAUUAUAGUAUCGAGUUACCGUCGUGUUCUCAUACUGGGCCCGGACGGUACAUUCCUUGGAAGAGUGGAUGGAGCUGAAGGAGAGACCAUCCAGGAUCCACGUGGAAUUGACACGGUGGUAGUCAACGGGAAACUGCGAGUUGUCGUGGCCGAUAACAACGCCGGACAGGUGAAAGUGUUUGAACAGACAAACACACACUAA